UACGUGUUGGCGGCUGCCCGUGUGUGCGUACCCGAAUGCUGAAUGUUGACAUUCAACAUGGCGGCAUGUCGUCAGUGCUGUGCUGUGUCGUGCUUGUGUAAUUGUUAGUUUAGGACACUUCUGAAACCAAGGCUCACUGUAAAUUCCACAUUUAAAAGCUGAAGAAGGAAACGCUACUAUAGAAAUAUCGGAAGAACACAAUCACACUCAGCACGCAUUGAAGACAUCUGAGGAUUUUCAAGUCAACAUUUAUCCUUUAAAUCUCCUAUGUUUUUGAUUUACUCCUUUUAUAAAGGAUGACUGAUGUUUAAGAAGAACACAGUUAUUCUAGUGCACGCUAAAUUGAGUAUUUAUCAAACAGUUGUUAUAAUAUUCAAGCAUAUACGUAUGGAAAGUAUCGACAGUAUAUGGUGUGCUAAGAUUUUGUACUUGUAUUAAUUCAUAAAUCAGCAUUAACUGCAUCGUUCAUUUGUAUAUUGUGUACACACAACAAGCCUUGUGAGCAAGAGAUAGGUGAGCCAAUACAGUGACCGUGAUUGUGAUUGCGGCUGAGAUUGUGCUGCUCCGCUUGGUUGAUAGAACAUCCGUAUCUGCGUUCAAGGAGUGCCAAGUUCGUGUCGAGCUACCGCGGUACUCUCCGAUAAAUAAUUCACGAUACGCGUUGAAAUACGUUUGAAGAGACCUCACUUCCACUUCCUGGUCACGAAGAAGCCUGCAUUUCUGCGGCAUUUCAAGGAGCCACUCUUCCUCUUCAUUAAGUUCUUGUAACAUUAUAAUAGUGAACAAAGACAUAAGGUACCAAGAACCGUUCUGUGAUAUCUAUGUUAACAUUUAAAUAAUUGAAAAGACUAAAAAUUUCUAAAUAUAAGUAUAUAUAUAUAUCGUGGUGAAACAGAAGUGCGAACAUAAAGGGGAAUUAAGUAAUUCUUUCAAGAGAAAAGAAGAUCUAAAUUAUACAUAAAUAUUACAUACACACAUACACACAUAUAAACAUAACACACAUACAAGCACUGCGCAAAUCGAGAAGACAAUGUCCAGCAAUCCUCAGUGGAAAACGUUCCAGCCGCCAAUCAUGAACUCUGACCCAGCAAUACUUGACUAUAAGUCUAUGGCUAUACCAAGUCCUAAAGCCAUAACGGGAUCUCAUCAGCCAACGACUAACAAUUACCGAAACGGUACCAACUACAGUGGUGAUCACUAUAUGGGUUCACCUCCCGGAUGCGGUAAAAAUUCUACUACUACUAACUAUGGAAAUUAUCCCGGCGCACAAACUUCACCGCGCAACGGCGCCACGAGAUUUCCAUUUGAAUUCACGGGCAUGGAGACGAAUGCCGGUUACACUGGUGAACCUGCAGCUAAUAAUCCUUCCUAUCAGGAUCAGUCUGCGAAUCAAGGGACGCGAGAAACUGGAAUAAUCGAGAAAUUAUUGCAUUCUUACGGAUUCAUACAAUGCUGUGAAAGACAGGCAAGACUGUUUUUUCAUUUUAGCCAAUUUAGUGGUAACAUAGAGCAUUUGAAGAUCGGAGAUCCGGUGGAGUUUGAAAUGACUUACGAUCGGCGAACGGGCAAGCCCAUUGCUAGCACCGUUAGCAAAAUCGCUCCAGUGGCAUUAGGUGAUCAACGAUGCAUCGGUAAUGUAACAACCGAAUUACAAGCGAGCGGAGACUCACAAGGACGUAUCAGUUAUGAAAAUCGAGGAGAAUGCUUUUUUCUGCCAUAUACCAAAGAUGAUGUCGAAGGAAACGUCACUUUGCGUGCCGGUGAUAAAGUGUCAUUUCAAAUUGCUACCAAUCAACGAGGAAACUUGGGCGCGUGUCAUGUAAGGCUGGAGAACCCAGCACAUCCGGUUCGUUAUCGCGGGGUGGUGUGCUCAAUGAAGGAGAAUUUUGGUUUCAUUGAGCGUGCCGACGUAGUUAAGGAGAUAUUCUUCCACUUUAGUGAGGCCAAGUCGAUGAAAGAAGAACUGAGGCUAGGAGACGAUGUGGAAUUUAUAAUACAGACACGCAAUGGAAAAGAAGUAGCUUGCAACAUUACGAAGUUACCACCGGGCUCGAUCGUAUUUGAAGAAGUCAGCAAUGAAGUGGUAAAGGGGCAAGUGUUGAAACCUUUGGAGAGAGGUACUGCAGCUCGUCAUCAAAAUGACCCGUUACCUGGACGUAUCCGAUACAGAGACAGUGAAGAUCAUUCUGAGGUUGAAGUACCCUUUGGUGAUAAGGAUCAAAAAGGAGAUUUUACACUUAGGCAUGGGGACUGGGUUCAGUUUCGUAUUGCAACGGACACUAGAGAUCAGCUUAAAAGGGCUACAGAGAUAUUGUUAUUACCAGAAUCUUUCACUGUGUCCGGAGAAAGACGGGAGCAAGGUAUUAUCGCCGCUCUUAAGGACGGAUUUGGCUUUAUUCGUUGUGUAGAUCGAGAUGCGAGACUUUUCUUUCACUUUAACGAGGUUCUCGAUGUUGAUAGAGAAAUUAGUGUAGGGGAUGAAGUUGAAUUUACAAUCAUACAAGACCCUUCAUCAUCAUUCUCGAAUAAUCGACAAAGUGCUAUUAGGCUGAAACAUUUGCCAGUUGGUACCGUACAAUUUGAAACUAUUAUAGAGACGGAUAUAUUAGGUACUGUAAUACAGGACACAAGUUCAGUCGAACCUGGCCUCAUCGGUUACGGCCAACAGAAGAGUAUUAUUUUCUUCUCUAAAGAUUGCGACUCUAAAAAUAUUCCGAAAUUGAAUGAUAAGGUGAUGUUCAGUAUUUGUCAAGUAAAACGAAAUAAAGAACUUGUUGCUGUUAACAUAUUUUUAAUAAAUGCUGCUGGUGAGAAAAUUCAAAAUACAAACAAAAAAUCAAACGGACAAGUUUGUCAAGGUUUUAUUGCUGCUCUUAAGGACGGAUUUGGCUUUAUUGAGACAGUAAAUCACGAUAAAGAGAUAUUUUUCCACUACAGUAAUUUCGAGGGAGAUGCUAGUACGUUGGAACUGGGAGCCGAUAUCGAAUGUACAAUUAGUAGUUCCGGUAAUGGAAGAGGUUCCGGUGGUUGCGUAGCAGCUGAUCAUGUUAAAUUGGUGCCCCGUGGGAGUAUUCCCAGGCCGACGUCGGUCAGCGAGGUGCUCGACGGUACCGUCAUACGGCCGUUGCGAAGCGCGAAUCCCGAGCAGACCGAAUACGCCGGUCUGAUCAAGAUCAAUCCUACUAAUGAGGACGAGGAGACGCAGGAAUACGAAUUCGGGAUCAUGGGAUUGUCCAACAAACGGGAGCUGUUGCAGGCUGGCGAUCCUGUGCAACUGCAGGUGGAUACAGCCGGUCACGCGUGCAACAUCGUAGCCGUCAGGAAAAAGAGAAGAGCGACCGUGGAUGCGGUGAAGGGCCCGUUCGGCUUUCUCGCCUACGAGGUCGACGAGGGUAAGAAGCUAUUCUUCCACAUAAGUGAGGUUCGGGAUCACGCCACGUUACAACCGGGCGAUUCGGUGGAAUUCGUCUUGGUUACAAAUCAACGCACCGGAAAGUCUUCGGCCUGCAACGUGACUCGAUUGAGUGACGCGGUCCAGCAGCGACCAGAGCGUCUGAUAAGCCGAUUGCGUACUAUAUCUAUGGAAGACACGGGCCCAAAAUUGACUGUAGUCAGGCAACCAAGAGGACCUGAUGGCACGCGCGGCUUCAGCCAGGAAAGAUGCCAGCACACUCCUGGUGCCAUAGAGGAGUAAUGCGCCAUGAGAGAGAGAGAGAGAGAGACGGGGUUAUCGAUUAUCCAAAUUGUAAUCUACAUUAUUUGUUUUUAGUCCGUACACACACUUCGAUACCGAGAUUAUUAUUGUAAGCAUGAUCGUAAACGUUUGCCAAAUUCAGACUAAUGUGACAACAAUAAUUAUAAUGAUAAUAAUCAGUAAAACUGGAUGGUGAUCGAAGGCCGGCGAAGAGAGUAUAAAAGUAAAGGAAGAAAAAAGGAAAAAAAAUGAAAAAAAAAAGAACAACGACUCAUUUUAUCAUCUCAUAAGGGGAGAAAACGAACAGGGAGGAACAGUUUGUUUAAUCUUCGAAUAUAACGUUAGGACUUACUCCGAUAACGCUCUCUUGAUUAAUUUUGCCUCAUCUUCAUGAAUUUACCGCUAAACUAUUCGUCUAUUUGAUGUUACUUUCUUUGAGAUAAUCAAUAGUUUGUAGGAAUCGUCGAAAUUUUUUUACUAGAAUAUUACUUCUUUGAUAGAGGAAUUCGGCCGAUAUAUCAAUUGAUUCUGUUCGAGAGAUGCAGAAUACAGAAAUAGAUCCCAGGUUACGUAGAAGUUUGGACCGCUGACAACCUGCCUGUUUGUAUGUUCUAAUGACGACGUUCUGUCUGUCUUUAUAAAAAAAAAGAAAAAAAAUAUACCUACACGUUGAUA